UACAGGGCACGUUUCAUCCGAUUCGUCGUCCUGCGGGGGCUCAACCUCAACGAGCUCUCUCACGGACUUUUAGGUCAGUUCUGGAAUGUACCAGUGACAGUACAAGAGUUCACAGGACUAUUAGACAAUGAAUCGAGGACCGAUGAUUACAUCGUGACAGUCAGGUACCCUGGAACUCCUCCCAGAAGCUUUGUAGGGAUCAAGAAUGGAGUGACAUGGGAGAUGGAGAGGAGACCCUGCUAUUUUGUUGGUAAUGGACAAGGC